UUCAGAAUCUAAGGCAGCCAGCUUCAUAAUAAACGUUGAAUUGAUCCUAGGCAGACCACCGUAAAGAACAUCACGGAGCUGGUGCACCAAGUCUGCAUGGGGAUGAAGUACCUGGAGGAGCAUAACUUCGUGCACAGAGACCUCGCCGCCCGCAACGUGCUGCUCGUCACGCAUCACUACGCCAAGAUCAGCGACUUCGGCCUCUCCAAAGCUGUGGGCGAGGACCAAAACUACUAUAAGGCCAAAGGUCAUGGCAAGUGGCCGGUGAAAUGGUACGCUCCCGAGUGCAUCAACUACUUAAAAUUCUCUUCCAAAAGUGACGUGUGGAGCUUCGGGGUGCUCAUGUGGGAGGGCUUCUCCUACGGACAGAAACCUUACAAGGUAUGA